AUGGCUUGGGGAUAUUGGAGUGCCACGUCCGUGCUACCGGAUAGAGGUCGAUCGCCGAGGAGGCAAAGCAGCCUUCCCGCUCCGACUCCGGCUCCCGUUUCGAUCAUGUCGAAUCCGAGCAUGAGCAGCGAAAUCGGUCCGGAGAAUAAUCACGGGAACGCAGCGGGUAGCACGACGUCGGAAGAAACGGAAGAAUUACCAUCGAGACGUCCCUCCUUGGAUUUGCCCACGGGUCCUCCGAGAGGAUUGUCGGUCGUUUUGUGCGGAGGAUCUCGAACGGAUUCCCUGAGGAGACGGUACAUACCCGACGAUAAAGAUAUCAUAUUGAAUCAACAAGAGUGUUACGUUCACGCUCAUCAGCCUCUGUACGCGGAAUGUCACAUUCACAGCAGGGAAAGAAUGAGGAGGACGACGACGACGGACGGGUUGUCGGAUUCCGAGGAAGAAUCAUCGGAUCCGGGUUACGCAUCGGGUAUAAAAAUGUUCACGCUUUGCUCCGAUAACGAAGAUGAAGAAUCGGAGCCAGGAUAUGAAUCAGGUGGGCACGAUAGAUUUUUAUGCAUGACCCCCUUGAAUUUUGAGAAAGCACAAGGAGCACAACACAUGUAG